GAAGGUUUGAAACGCAGGAAGGCAGAGGGGGCCCCUGGGAGGAGGCGGCGGGAGGGCAGAGGGCCGGGGCCGGGGCUCUGCCCGGAGCCUUCGAGCCUUCGGGGUGGGCAUCCUGGGCAGGGCGAGCGGCUGAGGGGUGGAAGGGGAGAAUGCGCCUCUCCAAAACCCUCGUGGACAUGGACAUGGCUGACUACAGCGCCGCGCUGGAUCCCGCCUACACCACCCUCGAGUUCGAGAAUGUGCAAGUGUUGACCAUGGGCAAUGACACAUCCCCAUCAGAAGGUGCCAACCUCAAUGCACCCAACAGCCUGGGCGUCAGCGCCUUGUGUGCCAUCUGUGGGGACCGGGCCACAGGGAAGCACUACGGUGCCUCAAGCUGUGACGGUUGCAAGGGCUUCUUCCGGAGGAGCGUGAGAAAGAACCACAUGUACUCCUGCAGGUUCAGUCGGCAGUGUGUGGUGGACAAAGACAAGAGGAACCAGUGCCGUUACUGCAGGCUUAAGAAGUGCUUCCGGGCUGGCAUGAAGAAGGAAGCUGUGCAAAAUGAGCGGGACCGGAUCAGCACUCGCCGGUCAAGCUAUGAAGACAGCAGCCUGCCCUCCAUCAAUGCUUUGCUGCAGGCCGAGGUCCUGUCCCAGCAGAUCACCUCCCCCGUCUCUGGGAUCAAUGGAGACAUUCGAGCGAAAAAGAUUGCCAGCAUCGCUGACGUGUGCGAGUCCAUGAAGGAGCAGCUGCUGGUGCUCGUUGAGUGGGCCAAGUACAUCCCUGCCUUCUGCGAGCUCCCUCUGGACGACCAGGUGGCCCUGCUCAGAGCCCAUGCCGGUGAGCACCUGCUGCUCGGAGCUACCAAGCGAUCCAUGGUGUUCAAGGACGUUCUGCUUCUAGGCAAUGACUACAUCGUCCCUCGGCACUGCCCGGAGCUGGCAGAGAUGAGUCGGGUGUCCAUGCGCAUCCUCGAUGAGCUGGUACUGCCCUUCCAGGAGCUACAGAUCGACGACAAUGAGUACGCCUGCCUCAAAGCCAUCAUCUUUUUUGACCCAGAUGCCAAGGGGCUGAGCGACCCAGGAAAGAUCAAGCGGCUGCGCUCGCAAGUACAGGUGAGCCUGGAGGACUACAUCAACGACCGCCAGUACGACUCCCGAGGCCGCUUCGGCGAGCUGCUGCUCCUGCUGCCGACCCUGCAGAGCAUUACCUGGCAGAUGAUCGAGCAGAUCCAGUUCAUCAAGCUCUUCGGCAUGGCCAAGAUCGACAACCUGCUGCAGGAGAUGCUGCUGGGAGGGUCCUCCAGUGAUGCACCUCAUGCCCACCACCCCCUGCACCCGCAUCUGAUGCAGGAACACAUGGGCACGAACGUCAUUGUUGCCAACACAAUGCCCUCUCACCUCAGCAAUGGACAGAUGUGUGAGUGGCCCCGACCCAGGGCACAGGCAGCCACCCCUGAGACUCCACAGCCUUCACCGCCAGGUGGCUCGGGGUCUGAGCCCUACAAGCUCCUGCCGGGAGCGAUCGCCACCAUCGUCAAGCCCCCCUCCGCCAUCCCCCAACCGACCAUCACCAAGCAGGAAGUCAUCUAGCAAGCCGUUGGGGGUCGGGGGCUCUGCCGGCCCCCCAGCCCCCUCAGAGAGCCCCGGUGGUCACUUGUUCACAGUGAAGGAAGCCAUGACAACAAGGCCAGCCUCAGGGCAGCAGUGGAAAGGGCAAGGGGACCAAGAACUUGGGCUCUGGGCCAUAGCCCGUUGCUACCCUUCGCCCCCUGCUCUGGAUGACGGGGCUCUGACUUGGGGAGGCCCCAGCUGGGAAAUCCUCUGCUGCCUUGGACAACUCUUCUCUUGCCGAAGCCACUGCCUUCCCCUUCAUCAUACUUGCCCCCUACUUCUUCAGCCCCAAAGGACAGCUGUCUGGAGAUGACACGGGACCUUGCUUCAACAUAGCUCUCUUCCCCUUCAGAUGGAUACUUCUUUCUCCUAGUACUGCCCUAGUCCCCAGACACAGAGCCCUUCAAGGCUGGGUUGGAUUGGAGCAUCUGACCUCUCCCUGUUCCGCUACCCCAACCUCCAAUCUCUCCACCUGCCACUGUCACUUUCCUCAGCCAUCCUAAUUCCUCCAUAGCCAACUCUCCAGAGGCUGAAGGAAACCUGCACACAAUCCCCCAGUCAUUCCAGGAGCAUUUUUAAAGCACCGGCGGGGCUAGGCACAGUGUGGGAGACUGGUGAGAAGGAGGACACCCUUCCACCUCUAACCUGUGGCUCUUCCCAGGGCAUUAGGCGGGUACUGGGAGUGGUGCUCCCCGCAGGCUGUCCACCACGAGAGGACAAGCCAAGGUGGACAGUCGCAACAGGAACUUGGAAGGACUGAGGCGGUCAGAGAAAGCUCUGGGAAAGGGGCAGACUCUGCAGUAGGUCUUUAUGGAAGGGCAGGAUUCCAGCUGGUGGAGCAGGUGAGAAAGGGCCCCAGGUUGGAAAAAGGGCAUGGGAGGGAGGUGAUGGAAAGACCAGGUUGUCUGGAACAGUGCAGGGGUCUUGAGUGAGUCGGGAGGGAGCAGGGAGGUCAGAUAAGGGCUGAGGACGUGAUCCAGGUGAGGACAAGGCGACCUGGAGACAAAGAUGCUGGGUGCGAGCCCAGCUCAGAAGGACAUCAGGGAGGAAUGACCCCCUUCUCCAGGGCUUGUCUCAAACUCUGCCUCGUUUCUGACGCUGUGUUAAGGCACUUGACACACAUUACCUCCUUGCAUCCCAGAGACCAUUCCAGAAGACGAAAUUGAGAUCUGAGUGGUUAAGUGAUUUUCCUGGAACUCACACCACUAGUAAGUAACCGAGUCAGGAUUGGAUCCAGGAUCCCUGGAUCAGAGCAGGAGUUCUUGACCAGGGUGCCGAGCGUCUCUGAAAGGGCGCCUCUGUCCUUACUGUGAUCCAGUGGAGGGACUUCUGACCCUGUCAUCAGCCUCAGAAGCUGAAGUCUUAUUUGUCCCAGGGGCCCUGCCCAUGCCUAGGAUUAAGGCUGUCUUGGAGUUACACGAAUGUCCAGUUGGGGCCCAGCAUCCGGUCUGUUGAAGAACAGGAGAAUUCAUAACUCUUGGACCCCUUUCCUCUCCUCACCCCCCAAGUCUGGGGGAGGGGCGUCAGGGGUCUUAUUCUUAGGAGACGGAUCAGCGUGGCCUGGUGGUCCAGGAGUGGGGUAUUUUGGGCCAGGGAGACAUGGGAAGGACUGGGUUUGAGCGCUGCUCUGGAAACAUUAAGUCCCAGAAUGGAACAGCCAGCAUAUCAUCCAUGGAAAUUUUGGUAGCGUUGGGAAAAUUCUGGAAAAUGCCACUAGCCAGUGGGAACAAAAGAGAUGUGUCCUGGGGGCUGGAGCUGUGCUUAGGUAGGAGAGUUAGACUGGCCACCUGUCCCUGCCCCAGGCUGACCCUUCUGAGUGGAUGGCGGUAGGACCCCAGCGCCCCCAAAUUCCAUCCUUAGUGAUCGCUUUUUGUGAUGCAGGCAUGAGGGGUUUGAGGGCAGUAUGUCCAAGAGAAACCUCUACAUCUCCAGUGGUCCCAGGAGUGGUCUCCCCAUGCCACCAAGCCAUGUUCCCCGGUCCCAGGAGAGACUGUCCCCUGCUCAGAGCCCUCAAGCCUUCCCCAGCCAUCCCUCACUCUGAGUCUGCAGAAAUCGCGGUCAGGGAACCCAGACUCAUCUGGGGUCAGGUGGGGAAGCUGGAAUCUUUCUGUCUUUGUGGCCAUCCCCACCCUUUGCUCCUCCAGCCCCUCACUGGUGUUCAGGCCUCAGUCACGGGGACGAAGUGGAGAGGAAUUUUCCGCAGGAUGAAGUAGGAUAGCAGUGGCUUUUAACAGUGGCAGCCUUCUGGGUCAGGGGCUCAGUCCUCCGUCCCAAAUGACCCCUUCCUGGAGGAGAAAUCCAUUCUAUUUUAAUAAUUUUAUUGGAAUGCAGGAAGCCCACAACAAGAAGCAGUUGAUUUUUCUGACUCUGAGGACAUGGCAUUUGAAGAUCUUUAUCUCUCUCUUUGCCACCGGAGUUCUAGUCCUAAAAUACAAAAUCUGGAGAACGAAACAAGGGUUGGGAGGGCAAGCAUGGACCCUCCAGUUCCUCCCCUGAGAGCCUUUUCCCUGGGCAGCUCUCAGGAGCUUCCAGAAGCCACAGGACUCCCUGCAGCAUGGACAGAGGAGAGGGUCAGAGGUGGAUGCUCCUGGAUCUUUUGUAAUGACCAAGCCAAUUACUUUUGCCAAGUUGUUCCGUAAAUUUCCCUGAAUGGGUUGAAUUGUGAAAUUCACACCAAGCGAUUCUGGAAGCAGGCUGCUCCCUGUGGGUGUGAAAACCACCCGCCCCCGUGCUAACCCCCGAGCCCAUCACUGCCGCCCGAUGGGGCGAAGAAGCAAAAAACCAUUUCUUACUCUUGUGUGUUUUAACAAAAGUUUAUAAAGCAAAAUAAAUGGCACAUAUGUUUUCUAA